AUGAACGGAUUCAACGGAUUUCCCGGAGGAAUGAAUGGUGGACAGAAUGGACAAAAUCCUGGACAUCCGCUCCAACAAAAUUUUGGUGGUUUUCCACCGCAACAACCACAACCACAACACAACAUGCAGCUGCACCAAAAUCUUCUGAUGACAGCCAUCAACAACAUCAUUCGUGGAAACCUGCAAACCCCUGGAGGUCCAGGAAAUCCACCAAUGUUAAAUGUUGGUGGUUUUCUACCACAAUUUCCACCACCCACACUACCAAAUAUGGCUCCAUUGAUGAUGGCUCUGAAUAGAAGUCGUGGUAUCAAUUUUCUGAGGAGCCCUGGAGAUAGCCCACCAGAAAUCGGUAUACCGGCAUUGGCUCGCCCAACUGCUCCAGGAAACCAGCCAGGGCCGUCGGUCCCAGCUCCAGUCCCAGGGUUCCAGCUCCCAGCUCCAUCGUCGGUACCACCUCCAGUCCCAGCUCCACGAUUCUCCAUUCGAGGCCUCAACCUCGAUCUUUCUCCUUCCAACGCCGUCCCAUCCACCUCUGCUCCCGGUACAUCUUUGGCAAUUCCAGACACCCAGACCACACCGCCAGUCACUGUCGAGGCCUGGUGUCAAACAACCUUGUCAGGGCCCAGCAAUUGCACGAACUGUUAUUAUAGAAAGCAUUGCGUGACAGUCAAUGAAGCACUCCAGGAAAGUAUUCGGAAUUCCGAUAUAUAUUUUUCUGUGUUUGGUGGAGAGAAGGAGAAGUGGGCGGAGGAGAAACGAGAGUUGGAGUCAAAAGCUGAAACCACGAGAAGCGAGUUGGAGGCCACCAAAAGGGAGAGAGAUGGAUGGAAAUAUAAGGUAGAUGGGCUGGAGGGAGAAAAUCAAGAUUUGAAAGAAAAGAUGGCGGCGCUCGAAAAGAAAAUGAAGCAAAUGAAACAAGAGCAAAUGGAUAAAUUGUUGGUGGAGGAAGAAGCGAAAAAGACCAUAGAGACAGAACGAGAUGAGCUCCAACUGAAGGUCGUCGGAUUGGAGGGUGAGACAAAAAAUGUGAAAAAUUGCCUCACGAGCAAAGAAGCCGAGCUUGCAGCCCAAGACGCUCGCCACAAGUCCGAAAUUGAUAAAAAGAAUGAAGAAAUGGUGCAGAUGAGAGCAGAAAAUCAAGGGCAAAGGACUCUAAUGGAUUCCAUGAAAACCAGGAUCGUGCAGCUUGAGGGAGACAAUCAGGGGCUCAUCGCCGAACGUGACCAGACCGCCACCAAUCACCAGAAUCAAAUGAGAGAAAAAGAUGAAGAAAUAAAAAGAGUGCGGGAAGCGGCUACAUUAAAAGAAUCGAGAUUGACUAAUGAAUUAGAAAGAAUCACCAGCCAGUGCACAGAAUUAUUGGAAAGAUCUGAGCGAAGUAAAAAAGAAGAAGAUGCCGCAAGAAAAGUGCUCGAACAAGAACGAGAGGCCGAAAUGGAACAUCUGAGAGAGAAAAAUGAAAGACUUGUAAAGGAGAAGACGGAUUUGGGCACGAAAGCCGGAGUGUCCGAUCAGGAGGUCACAGCUUUGAAAGGAGAACUAAAAAGAUUGAACUCGGCUAUGGGAAGACAAAACAUGGACCUCACAACUGCUCAAGAAAAAGCGGAAUCUCUGCAGAGGGACGUUAGGAACCUUCAAGGUGCCAUAGAUGGAGAAAUGAACAAUUUGAAGGAAACAGUACGGACAGGAGGCGUAACAAUCGUACAGCAGGAGAGGGACCUGACUCUGCUAAGAGACGAAAACAAGAGAAAAAUGGAAGAGAUGAAUGAAAUGAAGGAAAAAAUGAAGAAGAUGGAGAAAGACGCUGAGAUGUUCAAAGAGUUCGGAGAGCAGCAUCGUGCUCUCGUCGAAAAGUUUGAUAGCUGUGUGGCUUCGACAUCAUCCACAGCUCCACCAAAAGAUGAUAAAGAUGACCAAGAACCAGCUACGAAAAAGCGAAAACGCGAUUGA